AUGUGGGAACCAGUGGCUGUCCCCUUUCAGAACUCCCAGCCUCUGCCUACUCUACCUACAACAGAUGAAAUCCGCGCCUGCACCAAUAUUCUGUGGGAGACGAGCGCCUCCAAGGUUGUGGCGGUCAACGACGAUAUUGUUGUAAAAUAUGGAGGUUGUAUAGACGUCCGGGAAGGCCAGGCUUUGGUUUACCUGGAACGACACGUCCCAGAAGUUCCGGCCCCUCGACUGUAUGCGAUGUACCAUGAUCCCCAUGAUUCCAGCCAACUUUUCUUGAUUAUGCAACGCGUUCCCGGGGUGCAGCUGGAUAAGAUCUGGCCAUCAUUGGCGGAGUCCGAGAAGGAUGACAUUAUCGCCAAACUCAAACUAAUAUUCGACGCCAUGCGAAAGGCCGAGUGUCCAUGGCCCGACUUUUUCGGAAGCCUGGACGGGGGCGGCCUACCUCACUACCUAUUCUAUAGCCAACAUGGCGAUGAGAGAUUCCUAGGGCCUUUCUCCGACGAAUCUGCCUUAGUUGCGGCCCUUGUCGGUAAUUAUAGAGCCCUGGUCGAACGCAAUAACCGGCCAGACUACAAGGCUCGCUUCUACGAAAAACAUUUCCCUCGCGUCUUUCAAGGUCACCGGCCCACAUUGACGCAUGGGGACGUUCUGCAGAGGAACAUUAUGGUUGCGGAGAAUACAAGUCGGAAAAAUGAACAAGGUGGGCGAUCAUUUGACGUCGUACUGGUCGAUUGGGAAAAUUCCGGCUGGUUUCCUGACUUCUGGGAAUGCUUUUGUGCAUCUUGGCCUUUUGUUUGGCAGUGGGAUGAAGACUGGUACUGGCGAGUCCAGGAGUCUAUUCAAGUAUGGCCCGCCGAGUUGGCCGUAAUUCAACUGAUUGACAGGGAUCUCGGCUGGUACCUUUAG